AUGCCUGGUCCUGGUUUGGGUUUUGCCAGUGAUCCAGCGCUUUUGCCACGUAUUCAAGUGUACGUUCGGAAAAAUCCUGGUAAAAAAUAUUUCAAGCCGGAAAUGGUGGCCUACGAUCUGAAACAAGAGCACCCAGAAUAUCAACGUAAAAAUCACAAAGUUUUCAUGGGAAUGGUGCGAGAAGCGCUCGAACGAAUUCAAUUAGCCGCGAAAGAAGAGGAAGCUUUGGAGCAGAAAGAAGCAAUGGAUGACGUUCAGGAACUGCGAUCAGAACCUCCUCGAAGAAUUAUAGAGACCAGAAAGAGGAAAGCGCCGACUGUAAGGUAUUCUGUUGGAUCGUCUACUCCCAAAGAAGUGAUUAUCAGUGAUGAUAGCGAUGAAGAACACGAGAUUGCUGCUAAACAACUGGAAUCUUUGAAACACACUAAUAGGGCCAACAAAACGGUUCUAAAUCUUUAUAAUAAUGGAAGUUCCACGAAGAAGUCUUUGCCCAAAACUCCGACUAUUUCUCAGCCACAGACGCCUUCUGCUGAUAAGAGAAAUCAACAUCAAAAUAACAAGAAAGCAGGAGGACCAGCAUCAGCACUUCCUCGUGGUCUUGGAGCCGUCACUGAUACUAUCAGUCCUCGUGAAUCUCAUGUGAAAUUCGAAGACAUUGGAGGAGCGGAUCGCCAGUUUUUGGAAGUUUGUCGUCUUGCGAUGCACUUGAAGCGUCCGAAAACAUUCGCAACUCUCGGUGUCGAUCCUCCACGUGGAUUCAUUGUUCAUGGACCACCGGGAUGCGGAAAGACACUGUUCGCACAAGCAGUGGCUGGAGAGCUGGGAGUUCCGAUGCUUCAAUUAGCAGCUACUGAAUUGGUUUCGGGAGUUUCUGGAGAGACGGAAGAGAAGAUCAGGCGACUUUUCGACACUGCAAAACAGAAUAGUCCGUGCAUUCUGAUUCUUGAUGAUAUUGAUGCGAUUGCUCCGAGAAGAGAAACAGCUCAAAGAGAGAUGGAACGGCGAGUUGUCAGUCAAUUGUGUAGUUCUCUAGAUGAACUUGUACUCCCACCACGCGAGAAACCACUCAAAGAUCAGCUGACAUUUGGAGACGAUGGAAGUGUUGCCAUCCUUAACGAGCCAACAUCGUCUUCAGUCUCUUCUUCCGGUGUUCUCGUUAUUGGAACCACUUCAAGGCCGGAUGCAGUGGACGGAGGAUUAAGAAGGGCGGGACGAUUCGAGAAUGAAAUCUCUUUGGGAAUUCCUGAUGAGACGGCAAGAGAGAAAAUUUUGGAGAAAAUUUGCAGAGUAAACCUUGGUAACGAUGUGACUCUGAAGAUAAUCGCAAAAUUGACUCCAGGAUACGUGGGUGCUGAUCUUCAAGCAUUGAUUAGAGAAGCCGCAAAAGUUGCAAUCGAUCGAGUAUUUGAUACGAUUGUUUCCAAAAACGAAGGACACAAAAAGCUGACAGUUGAACAGAUCAAGGAAGAACUGGACAGAGUUUUGGCAUGGCUACAAGGCGAAGACGAUCCAUCGGCACUAUCAGAACUAAAUGGAGGACUUCGAAUUUCGUUUGAAGACUUUGAGAGAGCUCUGUCAACAAUUCAACCGGCAGCCAAGAGAGAAGGAUUCGCAACAGUUCCAGAUGUGUCUUGGGAAGAUAUUGGAGCAUUGGUUGAAGUGAGAAAACAAUUGGAAUGGAGUAUUUUGUAUCCAAUCAAAAGAGCUGAUGACUUUGCUGCGUUGGGAAUCGACAGUAGACCACAGGGAAUUCUUCUCUGUGGACCACCUGGAUGUGGAAAAACGCUUCUCGCAAAAGCAGUUGCUAACGAGACUGGAAUGAAUUUCAUUUCUGUAAAAGGUCCAGAACUUUUGAAUAUGUACGUUGGAGAGUCAGAAAGAGCAGUGAGAACGGUGUUUCAACGAGCAAGAGAUUCACAGCCAUGCGUUAUUUUCUUCGACGAAAUCGAUGCGUUGUGUCCGAAAAGAUCACAUGGAGAAAGUUCUGGAGGUGCUAGAUUGGUUAAUCAAUUGCUGACAGAGAUGGAUGGAGUAGAAGGGAGACAAAAGGUUUUCUUGAUUGGAGCCACUAAUAGGCCAGAUAUCGUCGACGCUGCGAUUCUCCGUCCUGGACGUCUUGACAAGAUUCUCUUUGUUGAUUUCCCAUCUGUUGAAGAUCGUGUGGAUAUUUUGAGAAAGAGUACCAAGAAUGGAACUCGACCAUUGUUAGCUGACGAUAUCGACUUCCAGGAAAUCGCUCAGCUUCCAGAACUUUCUGGAUUCACAGGUGCUGAUCUUGCUGCUUUGAUUCACGAGUCCUCUCUUCUCGCCCUUCAAGCCAGAGUUCUACAAAAUGACGAAUCGGUUCAAGGCGUCGGAAUGAGACAUUUCCGAGAGGCAGCUGGCAGAAUCCGUCCAUCGGUCACAGAAUCCGAUCGAAAGAAAUACGAGCAUAUGAAGAAGGUUUAUGGACUCAAGCAAGCCGAGCCUCGAGUCGGAUAA